AUGGCCGUCGCGUGCCGAGUGUUGCUCCGAUUGUUUACGACGGUUUUUUAAGUUUUUACGCUAUAAUUCGUGACAAUUAUACUCAAACUAAGUGAAAAAGUGUAUUGACCAGCUUGUUUAGUGGUGCUAAGUGUGUUUUUAGUGAGUUUUACAUAGAUUUUCACUCAAAAAAGUGCGACAACGAUUGUGUGUGUGGAAGCUACUAGUUUGAAACCAGUGUUUUACUAAGGAAUGCUGUGUAUAAAAUCCAAGUGGAUUGUGUCUUUGUAAGCUGAAUUUGGACUUGGGACGCCUGUAUUUCACUCAAGGUAUGCAUACAUGAAAGGGCCACACCGGAGAACACGGAUUAAGAGUUUUAAUGAGUUUAAGAUGUCGUCGCCAAUAAAAAUGUAAUGACGUCAUGAUUUGCAAGAUGGCCGCCGUGAUUUGCGCGGGAAUGAUGAAGAAGCAAGAUUCUAGUUGGCGCAGAGUGUUGUGUUGUGUGUCAGUGUUGCUGGUGGUUAGUGGUGUGAGUGUGGAAGGGAAACAGAUGAGUGAGACGCUGCAGAGGGCGCUGUCAGCUGUGCGGGGGCCGAGUCCUGGCGCCAAGAAGCUGCUUAAUAUCCCCGAAGAUGGAGCGGACCCGUUGCCCGGGAAGCAUGUACCACUAGAGAGCUAUGAGAGCGAGUUGGAGCGAGAGCACGCGCUCCCGACGUCUGUCCCCAACGCGGACAUACUCAAGACUAACAGCAACCCGACGUAUCACAAGCCGAGACCGCCGGCGCACCAUGGCGCGGCGCUGCUGGCCGGCGUGGGUGCAGUACCGUCGUAUGCGCCGCCUGGCCGCGCCUUCUUUACGCCGCCUCUGCCGCCCGAGUACCGGAACCCCUUCGCUGACAAGCCUACGCUUAGAGGCACAAACACAGAUGGCAACAACUACCUUAACCGAAGGCCUAUCCCUCCGCCAUCGCUGGGCCCGGGCCACGAGCGGAUCCCCAUUAGGCCUCCCGGUCAGGUACAGGAGACGUCAUCACCACAGGUGCCGGCGCCGCCCCCCGCGCCUCCCGCGCCCCCCGCCGGAGUAGAGCCACAGAAAAAGAAGGCUUUAAAUACUCCCAGCCAUAAGCCCGAAGAGUUAGAUCCGGACACGAAGCACGGAACGGACCAAGCCAACUUCACAGACUUCGUGCCAAACUCCUUGAACAUCCCAACCAUAUCCCGAAUACUAUCCGGGUCCAACGGACGCAAGGAAGACAUUCCGGAUGUGCUACUCCGGACCGUCACCGCCAAACCUCAGCACACAGAGAAGACGUCAAAAUCAGACAUUUACGUCACUAAAGACUCCAGUGUUACCCUUAGUGACGCGAAUAGAGACGCAUCCACAGAAGGAUCGGUUUUAGCAGUGUUAGAUCCGGAAAUGAACAUAGAUAGACCUUUAAUUAUAGAGCAGAAUGGUGAAACUAAUACUAGGAGAAACUUACAAUAUUCUACUAAUAAAGUUAACGUGACCAGAAAAGAGGAUUAUAUUCCUGCGACUACGAUAGGGUUUGAACUAAGAGACCCUGAAAUGUCCACGGAAAGGUACCAUAAUCUUGCUGUGAAUUCUGAUAAGAAGAUUUCCAAGCAGGAUCCUAAGAACAACGGGCCAGUUUCAAGACCCGGAGUCACUUGGCCGUUCGCGUGGAACGUUCAUAUUUAUCUAGCAACAGUGAUGUUCACGAUCCUAGCCGUAUAUUCUAUAUUCAAAAUCAUCUGCUACAACAAGUUCACGCAUUUAUUCACUCAGUAUUACUUCAUUAUUUUGCACUUGAUCCUAGUCUUCGUUUGUUUAAUGCGGAUCUUCUACAUGUGCUACGAUCCUUAUAACAUUAACAGCUCGUUGCCUAUUUUCUUGAGCGAAAUCCUUCUCCACGUCCCUGAGAUAUUCCUUAGCAUAGCAUUCGCUUGCACCAUUUUGUUUCUUCUCACGAACAGCAUAAACUUCAAGAAUACAUGCUGUUCCUUCUUGUUUAGGUCACGCACCGUCAUAAUCGGGGGAUGCUUGCAUUUGCUGUCCUGUCUAAUGUUGCAUAUCUUUGAAAAUAGUAAUACAAUAUAUAGGACUCCUCACGGAGUAGAAAAAAGGGUAUUAGGUCUUACAUGUCAAAUUAUAUUUAUCAUGGCCUGUCUUACUUUGGGGCUUUGCUACCUUUAUGUAUAUAGAAUGCUCAAGUCGGUACUACAGAAGAAAAGCCACACGUAUAUACAUGGUUUCCAGAAUCUGUACCAAGCGAUACAUAUAAACUUAGCCACGGCAUUACUAUUCGUGCUGAUGGCUACACUGCAGAUCUAUGGUAUCUUUGGGAUAACCCAAGUAAACAUGACCAAAUUCAAUUGGCUGCAAUGGGGAUACCAAUUCUCGUUGCGACUCAUUGAAAUCAGCAUAGUAGCUCUCAUAUCCUGGGUAAUAAGCCUUAAAGUCGGGAUUGUAGCAUCGUUGCAGCACGAAAAAGCUGACGGGCACAAGAUAUCUGGCUUAGGCCUGUUCCCUUGCACAGCUGGGUCUAGUAACGAACAAUUCGAGUCAGACUACCCAGCAAUAUGCAGUACCAAUACCAAUCUUCACACCUAUACUUUAAGGACGGGAAAGCCAAUCUACGAGUCUACAGGUCAUCAUCCAAACAUACCAGAAGGGUGUUGUGCAGGCCCUAUAGACCAUCAGAGAUUCCAACUUAACACCCUAACAGGCAAUUGUGACAAUAAUUCAGGGACGGAAAAUUAUUCUGGACAUAGUUCCAUAGCGAACGCUGGCCAUAGCAGUUCGACAGAGUCCAGCAAUGCUACAUCCAGCCAAGGCGUAACCAAUCAUUUGAUCAAGCAUCAUCCGAAUAUGGGUUAUAACGGGAUAGAAUCUGCCUCUGAUGACCACUAUUCCAACUGCGAUCCUGCCAUUCAAUCUUUGCAAGGUGAUGAUCCUCUAGACCACGAAUAUAAUGUCAUCCAAUAUGGAAGUAACAGCGACUUCAUAAGAGACAUCAAGAACCAAAACUACAACGGAGGUUCGAACAGAAGUUCGCACAACUUUAAACACAUGUCGUACGAUAGAGUAUCCUCUAGAACGAACAGCAACCCUCGCAAGAAGCACAGAGCGAAAAACAAGAACGUCCAGAACUGUAUGACGAUGGGAUACGACUCGAUGGGCCACCACUACCACCAGCCACAUUUACCUGAUGAAUACGGGAAUUAUAACACUGAAAACGCUUCGUACCACGCGUCAGGGAUUCAAACUCUGAACCCGAAUAGGAGUUACGGAGAUCAGAUAAGGAAUUCCCAACGCCGACACUCGCCAUCAACGUCGAUGGUAAAUUCUAGUGGGAGUCAGAAACGGGGGAAAGGGAAUGGGUUCCCUGAUAGACCGAAGUCGACUGAUCUGUACGGGUUCACUGAAGACCCUAAUGAGAGGAACUAUCCCUGUGCCCUUGCGACCCCACAACCGGCUCCGAGGAACUGUGGAUAUGAAGCUUCAUACUCGCAGCCUCAGGAUGAGAUCCCUAAUGAAGCUGAAGGGAAAAGCAUGUUAGUAGCCCAAGACGGGUUUGUUAGGUUCAGGCCACUAGAAGACGGGCCGUCUACUUGAUUUACCAUCAAACUGCCGCAAGCAGUGGAAAACCUUAGCUUUUGAUAUGAAUCCCUAACUCGAACAUCAGAUACCGCGUGAAUGCAGAUGUCGAAGUGUUAAACAAGUUUGACUGUCAAAUGUGAACCUCAAGUUUGUAUCGAAAGCAAAGACUCUGGAAAAGUGAGAAAAUAGGCAGCGUUUUUUGGUUAUUAGGAUCUCUGUUGUUAUAUUUUAUUCCAAUAAAAUGUGUAGAUAUAUGGACUAUUUGCAAAGUCUACAUAAUUGAUAUUGGAAUUUAAUAUGAAAACCUCUAAAAGUAUAUGGCUAUUCACGCGUGUUAUUUGAAAAAAAUCGGACCUGAAAGUUUUAUUUUCGUAAACUUAAAAUGAUAACCAAUUUUCAGGUGUGGUGUUCUACUUUUUACGGCCAAGUAAUUAUUAUAGUUAAGAAUGACUAAAGCAGCUUUUUAAUGAUGUUCAAGUUUGGUACACUAGGCUGAAUUUGAUAAGCCUCAUAAAUUAGUGUACACGUAAAUCAAUGUAUAGAAACUGUAUAUACAAUUAGAUAGAACUACGAUAAAAAAAAAACUAUAUUUAAGCACAGGCCUCAUGUACAUAGCGAAUUUUUUAUAAUUUUAGUUAUAAAAAACAUUUUUUAAGUAAGCGACUCGAAUAUGCCGCCAUUGUUUCGAAUAUACAGAUUAAAAUAUAUCAAAUAAUCGUAAAAAUGUUGAUCAUUGAUUAAGGAAAUAAUAUUUAACUGCCAUCAUAAUCAUCAUCGUAAGGUAUAUUUUUGUUUUAUAAUUAAGAAUGAAAGGGUCAAAUCGUACCUAUUAUUUUUUUAACACUUCUGUUUUUGUUUUAUUUUUAUAAUAUGCCCCAUAAAGUAUAAAGUUUUGAUUUUAUUACCUGUACCUAUCGAUUUUAUUUUGAAUCCAGUGUACUCAUUUUGAAGUUAUUCGAAUUAUAAUUUCGAAAAAUCUUUGAUGCGAGGGCAGACAAGAAAUAUUAUUUUAUAUAAUAAACGAUAGUAAUAAUAAAUAUAAAAGAGCUAUGUAUAAACCAGCCUACAUUGCCAUGAUUAUAAAAUAGUUAUCCCAAUAAUUUAGUAAGUUUUAAUUAAAUUGUAUGUGAUAUAAUUAUAUGAACAUUUUGUUUUCAAACGAAUCUGUCCAAUAGAUUAAAGAAUUUAUAUCAUAUUAGUAUCGCGAGAUUUUUCAACAUUAUUACUGGUACCUAACAUUAUUCUGUCCUUUUGUAACUGACAUAUAUUUAGUAAGGUACCUUAUGGGGUCAAAGUAAGAAAAUACCCAAAAAAAAUAUAAUAAUACCGGAACAAAAUGAGAUGUCGCGUUAAAUUAACGCAGUCAUUGGAUUUAAAGUGUGACAUAGGUUAUUUGACGUUUUGACUUCAUAAAGUUACCUUACAAAUUAUUUCUUCUUGAUAAAGUGACAUUAAAUAUACUCGUAUAAAUAUUGGUAUAAAAUAUUAAUCAUAACAUUUUUAUUGUCCCAUAUUUCAGUCCAUUUGUAUUGUAUUGUCCAAUUUAAUAAAUUCUAUCAGAAAUAUAAAAUUGUUUUGUCCCAAUGUUAUACCUAUCUAUAUAUACGUGACUUAUUUCAACCAUUUUGCAAUGUAUUAAGGUAUUUAUUUGUGUCUAAAAUAGGUACGAAACUUUUGUGGUAGUAUUAAAAUUAAACAGUGUUAAAAUCUGAAAAUAAGUGUUACCACGUUAGGAUUUUUAGGUGAUACCAUCAAUGAAAAAUAGAGGUAUUUUUUUAAAGUUCCAUGUUCUAAACCUGGAUUUAUUUUGAAUACAAAUCUUCUCAUAAUUAUGUAAAAGGUGAAAUGCUGUCUGCGUCAAAAAUCUUUUCUUACUGAUGAGCUAUUUGAUCUUCGAUUUGUAUUCGAGUGAAUUCGGAACGAGAAUUCAACUAAGUCAUUAGGAAAAUACAAAAAAAUACCACUUACGCGCCAUUUUUUAACAAACAUUGUUUUUAAUUCACCUGUUAGUAAUACAUGCAAGAUAUAUAAAAAUAUCCAAUCACAAACUAUAUUUAAUGUAGAUACGUUACGCAACAUGAAUGUACGUUGUUCAUAAUACAUUUUAUUAUAGGAAAAUGAGAAUAUCGCAAAAUGAAUGUUGGCACUAUACAAUAGAUAGGUAAUAAUAAAAAUAUAAAGAUAAAUGUAUAAAAUUAGACGAAUAACUAAAUAUUUAUAAACGAUAUUACCAUCUUGUUCGGUUCUGUUUAUUUUGUGGGAUAUAAGUGGCGAUAAUUGUUACUUGGUUUGCAUUAGUAUAGCAAAUUGAAAUUGCAAUAAAUCCUGUUAUGAAA